AUGCGAAAAAACGAGACCGAAGGUAAAGUUCGUCCCAAAGAUGAGACCGACAAGGCAAGAUGUCAAAAGGUGGUUGAUGAAUACUUGGCGUUCCAAGCCGCCAACAGGGCAGAUGCCAAAACACGAAACCGCUCGCAUUACGAAACUGGGAAGGUAACAAAGAAGCACAAGAUAUCGGAUCAGGUUGUAGUUGCCUCCAAACCUAUCAAGCGAUUUAGUGAGGUGGCACGGGACCAUCUCCAAACGGCAUUGGUAGACGAAACUUCUAACCGCGGAAAACCAGUGCUUGACAAAUGGUCAGAGCUUGAGGCACGGUUGUCUCGCAUAGUCUUUGACCAUGUCAUGGCGAAUCCGGAUAACCAAACACCAGGUUUCGACUCGGUGGAGGUUGUCCGCGGUUACCGUGUCAUUAAAUGCGAUGACCAAUUCUCACUGCAUUUUCUGACAAACGUGAUUGGUAAAAUCCAGAACAGCUGGGAAGGCUUGAAACUCAAGCUAAUUCCGGCUAGCGAGAUUCCACGAAGGCCGAGGGCUCGCAUCUGGGUACCAAACAUAGAGUUUGAAGCCAAUCAAAUAAUCCCCUACGUUCAGGCGCAUAAUCGCUCGGUGCCGAUGGCCGAUUGGUCGAUCAUCAAAGCGGAGGCUCCGCAAAGGCACAGCAGGUCUUUCCUCCUUCUAAUUACAGAAGAGAGUCUGGAACCACUGGAGAAAGUGGGGAAAAAAACUUCAGUUUGGGAUCAGGAAGACCCAGCUGAAGAUAUUCCGUUCUGCAAACCCGGAAGAGGAGCAGGAUGA